GUGUGGUCUAAGUGUUGUAGGUACUCACUUUGGCCACGUCACUCACACUCGGGUGACGACUUAUGGAGUGUGAUAAGCGACGCAGCUCUUUCGUUGAUUGUGGACUAUCGCGAUUUUUUAUCUCAUCAUCUUUACCAUCAUCCCCACCAGCAGGAAUCGAUGUUGUCGGUGGACAAUUCUACCAAGCUUUUGCCACCUGUUUAUUAGUGUACAGACCGGGCUCUGCUACUGCUGUGAAGGUCUGUGGCAAACGAACAAGAUAACAACCGUGUAACGCGCUGUUUAUCGUGGGUUUUAGUUACUGUGUUGCACCUCUCUCAGUAGCAUGAAAGCGGACUAUGAAGAAAACCCUUUCGUGGAGGCACUACAAUCCGAUGCACUCAGUGAACUCCUGCAGGACGAUGAGAAACGGUCCCUGGCGCAACAGUUUCAGGACAACUUGCGAACCCUGUCCGAUAUGUUUGUCAACCUGUCCGAGGAGGAGAAGCGUCAGUUUGCGAAAGAUUUUAAGGGCAAGUUUGUGAAAUCGUUGUCACAGUUGAACAAAUUUUCCAAGCAGAAGAAAGUCGUUCAAAGCACGCUGGGGAAGGAUGAUGAAGAGGGAACUGUGGUAGAAACGUUGGUCAGAAAAAUGCCCGGGAUAGAUAUACUGUGGACCGAACAGUUCGAACCAACGCCCUUAGGGUAUGGGCUUAUGGCAGGUUUACUUACACUUGUCAUUGCAUUCUUUGGCUACAAGCUGUACCUAUCGCUUACCGAGAAGGAACGCAAGCGCGAAGAAAAGCUAAAGGCCAAGCAGGAAAAAUCCAAAAAGAAGAAAUGAUUCCCCGCCGCUGGGAGUAUCACAUCCACUGGCGGCAACAGUGAUCGCUCGGCACGUCGAAAUCACCAGAGCCAAAAGCAGCAACUGGAGUCGUCAGUAAAGCACAAACAUUCCAGAGGAAAAAGACUUGGCAAGGCCUAGCGAAUCCAUACCACGUAAUAAUUCCAAUCGCAAGGCACGAUAAAUAGAGAGAGAGAGUUACAAAGAUACGAGGAACGCUAUAUUUAUCGACAGAUCGUUAGUCCCGUUUUGCAACAGAUGUAUGUAUAUUUACUCCGAUAGUGAUAGAGAUCUCCCCUAUAGCCCAAACCGGGAAGCGACGUUGUAGUUUCCGCUUCCGAGCAGACUGUCCCAUUUUGUCGAAAAUAUCGUCCCUUUACUAAAGAUGUCAUGUCUUCAGCACUGUUGCCGUAGAGCACAGUCCAGUACAACGUUCAAGUAGCAGCUAUAAGUGUGUUCACAUACCGAUCGAUAUAUUUCUUUAGCCCAACAACAACGUGGACGUAGUACUGGCAACUUUAUCUGUUGCCAAUACCAAUAUAGAUCAUCAUCCGCUUUUUAAUUUGUAGGACAAUAGCAAAGGGGAACCUUUCUUAUGUUUGUCCAGCAGGUUAACGCAAGUGGACAAUUACGAUAAUUCAAUUAACAAUCCUUCCCACACAGCGAAGCAGUGAAAUACGUUCGAAAGUUUAGUAAUGCAAUCGAGAUGUUUGUUUCCUCGUUUAUGUGCAAGAUAAUAUAUUUUAUAUAGAGAAUGAAGGACGAGCAGAAGAAGCCGAACAAGGUAAUCGCUAUGUUUAUAUUUGAGGAAAUAUAAAUAAUGUUUC